UUAUGUUUUCAUGCGAAUUAGUAUGAUUGCAUUUACUUUCGACUCGUCGAUCGACAAGCUUACAUUUUCUAAUAAAUAACAAGUGCCGGUAAAGGAAGCGAAGAAAAUAAGUGUUGUCGUCAAAACUUACUUGAGACCUUACAUUUACAAGUUGUGUGUGUCGUGAUAACACUUUAAAUAUAAACCAGACGAUUGUCUCGCCAUUGUUCUUAAAAACACCGUCAUAUCCCGAUCGUCUACUGGAUCGAUCGAGUUAAAUGUUAAUUGAACCGUGAGCAUUCUGCUAUCACUUCUCGUAUGAAAUAGAAAAAAAACAACAUAAAAUUGAACAUUUCGCGACCAAUUAUGAUGUCCCCGGACGCAUAUAUCGAAAUUGUGGAAGAGCCGGCACCGAAAUUGAAACGAUUCCGAUAUGAAUCGGAGGGUCGCUCAGCGCCACUAGAAGGAGUAAGGACUACACAAAAAAAGAAAUCGUUUCCGUCCAUCAGAAUUGUGAAUUAUACGGGAAUGGCAACAGUCUUCGUGUCGUGUGUAACGGUCGAGAAACCUUAUAGGCAACAUCCGCACAAACUCCUUGGAAAAAAUUGUGAAAAUGGCGUCUGUUACAUUCCUCAAUUCUAUACGGAUAGCAGAGACCCGAAAGUUAUUUCUUUUCGCGAGCUACGCAUUCAGAGCUGUUUAAUAUCGGAAAUCCCCGCUCGACUCGCGGAACGCACCCGCUUAAAUAUAAAUCCUUUCGAUCUAUCCAAAUGUGGUGUAGACAAUCUAAGACGCGACAUCCACACAGUGCGGCUAUGUUUUCAGGUGCUUAUCAGUUCUGACCCGAAAAAUCCAACACCCGCAGCCCAACUCGAACCGAAAGUGUCACAACCAAUUAUCAAUAAUAAGGCUGCUGCAGAGGUGAAAAUUCAUGAUAUUAGUGACACAUUCAGUCCAGCAUCCGGCGGUAAAAAGAUCAUGAUUUUUUGCAAUAAGAUCGCACAGGAUGACAUUGAGAUACGAUUUUAUGAAGAAGAUGCAAAGAAGAAUCAAAAAUUGAUUGGUCUCGGCUCUUUUCAACCUCGGAAUAUACAUCGCAAUGUGGGAAUUGCUUUCACCACACCCAAAUGUGAUUUGAAAUCUGUCGACACACCACAGAAUAUAUUUAUCGAAAUGGUAAGACCAUCGGAUGAUGUACGAAGGAAUCGGUUUCCCUUCCAAUAUGUUCCCGAUGUCACCGACAUUGACGCGGUAACGACGAGAAAGCAACCAAAAAUUGACAAAUCAGGAAAAUUAUUGAAAUUACUCGACUUACGUCCCUUUCCUAGCCAUAUUCCACAUCAGUAUAAUAUACCACCACAGGGUUUACCACAACACCACAGUUAUCCGGAACAGCACGACUUACCGCAACAGCAGAAGUUAGCACAACAACAAAAUUUACCGCAACAACAUAAUUUACCACAACAUCAGAAUUUAUCACAACAGCCCAAUUUACCACAACAACACAAUUUACAGCAACAGCAGAAUUUACCACAAUACAAUUUACACACACAACACAAUUUAUCACAACGGCCUAAUUUACCACAACAGCCUAAUUUACCACAACAACAAAAUUUAUCACAACAGCCGAAUUUACCACAGCGGCAGAAUUUACCACAACAGCUCAGUUUACCACAGCUGCAGAAUUUACCACAACAACCCAAUUCACCACAACAGCACAAUUUACCACAACAUCACAAUUUACCACAACAGCACAAUUUACCACAACCGUUAUCAUUACAGUACAAUCUAACACAGCUGCAUAAUAAACCGCCGGACCAAAGCCUGCCUCAUCACAAUCCAUUCUUGCAGCAAAAUUUACCACAACAUUCAUCAAACCACUACCGCAUGCAGCAGUACAGUCAAAAUUUACCUCAGCAUCUCAUUCAACAAGAGCAAAGUUAUGUAGAACAACAAUAUGAUCCACAACGACAUAACGGCAGUCUACAGAAUCAACACAAUCCACAACAGGAUUUUUUUCAACAACAAGAUGAACGACAGCCGAAUUAUGAAGAGCUUAAUCACGAACUCCUCAACUUUGAAGGUUUGUCGUGUUGCAAUCCGUUCGGCGAAAUUUCUCCGAAUUGCUCUCUAGAAGAUCAGCUUAUGUUAUCAGCAAACGACAAUUGGAACAGCGAACAUAACGUUGCAGGUCCCGCACCUAAAAACUGAAAUCUAUAAUCGUUUGCAAAGGAGAAUGGACUUAAAAAAAUGUUAGUCAGAUAAACGGGCAUUACGGAUAGGACCUAGAAUAAGUAACUUUUAACCAAA